UAACUUAAUCAUUUGAUCCAUUUUUGAUUAAGAUCAAAUUAAUCUGGUUAAAUUGUAACAUUCAAUUGAUUCCUGUUAUUGUCAUUUCGCUCAAUAUUGUUGAUUAUAAACUUGCAUCAUCCAUUAGAUUGAUAAGAAGAGGAAAAAAAGAGAAAAUGAUUAACAGCUAAGUGCCACCCACUUAAAUAACCGCCGGCGGACAUGAUCAGAUUUUCAAAGGAUAAAUGAAAUAUUAGCCGGUUACCGGUAAACGUGAACCAGAUUAUCAUCUUGAUCAUCAUAAUCUCUCAUUUUAAUCAACAACACAAUCAACUAAUGUCGUUUAGCACAUUUACCUUUACCUUCUAUCUUAUUGAUUGCUCGAGAUAAUAUAUCGUUUUUUAUCUUCUAAUAAUCAUCAUCUUCUCACCAUCGGUCAAAUCCCGUUAGAAUGAAUUAAACUGAUGAACUGAGUUCGCUCUUGAACUGUAUUAAUUAUGAUCAAUCUUCAUUUGGUAAUCAUAAAAAUUGAAUUAAGGUGAAAUCGAAAGUGAAAGGAAAAAAGAUGAAGAAACUGUUGCAAAAGCUGAAAGAUGAUCGAAGAUGAUAGAAGAGGAGGUCGAAAAGGACGAAGCAAAUGGAACCGCCUUUUGGUUAUGCAACUAGUUUAAUGAGGAGUAAAUGAAAUCGAGAGUGAGAAAAACGAAAUGGUAUAUAAAGGAAUCGUUUUGUUGGAUUAAAUCAUCAGUUCUCAUCUCCAAUCAUUCAAAUAACAGCUUCAAAUUUUAACAAAACAACAAAACCAAAACUCAUCAUGAACUCAAUGAUCGUUCUCGCUCUUACCCUUCUUGCCGGUCAAACUUUGGCCUCAUCCAACUACGGAUCAUCAAGCUACGGAUCAGCCCCAAGCUAUGGAGCCGCUUCAUACGGUGGAGACUCAUACUCAUCAGGUGCUUCAUACGGAGCUGGUGGAUACGGUGACGACUCAUACUCCGGAGACUCUCACGCCGCUAGUUACGCACCAAAGGUCAAGAAAAUCAUCAUUGAACAACCAGUUGUCAAACCAGUCUACCUUAACCGAAAAGUCGUCUCUGUUCAAACUGUCUCUGUCCCAAAACCAUACAUCGUCACCAAACACGUUCCAGUCGUAGUUAAGAAACACGUUCCAGUUGUUGUCAAGAAAUACGUCGCUGUUCCUUAUGAAGUCCCAAGCUACUCAGCUCCUUCAUACGGCUCAUCAUACGGCUCAUCUUACGGUUCAUCCUCAUACGGAGCCCCAUCAUACGGAGCUGGUUCAUACUCCGCCGCCGACUCAUGGUCUGGUGACAGUUACGCUCCAUCAUACGGAUCAGACUCAUAUGGCUCAUCUUCAUAUGGAUCAGACUCAUACGGAUCAUCAGGAUACGGUGAUGAUUACCGAAAGGCUUAAAUUAAACGAUCAUCCUAAUCACAAUAUCCCCUCUCCAUCUGUGUAUACCCAUUAUCCUCCUUCGUCCCUCAAUCUCAAACCAUUAGUGCUUAUAAUUAACUCAUCAUCUUAAUUGUUGCAUUCAACACUCACCACAUCACACAUCUUAUGUACAGAGCAUUUUCAACAAUCAACAUAAUAGUUUUCCUUUCACUUCUUUCCAAUUGUAAAGUAGUAGAAACAAAAAACUUUCAACUUGUAUCAUUUAUCAUCUGAAUAAUGUAACUGAUCAAAUUGCUCAAUUCGAAAUGUAAAACACAAUCAACCUAAUCAUUUGGAACUGAUUAGGUUUUUACAAAUUGAAAUUAGUUCCAAAGCUAUUCAGCCAAAGGUCACAAUCAAAUGAUUUGACCAAAUCUAGAAAUUAAAUAAAAAACAGAUUAAUCAAUUACUAUCAAAAAACACGAAA